AUGAUGCAAUAUACAAAAGCCCAAAGGAAUCCCAAGCUAUAUUUAGCGGCGUUAGUAGCUACAUCAGCAGUAGCACUAACUUACAAGAUCUACGAUGCCUAUCUCAAUAGCUGCAAUAACGAUGACGAAGCUGCCGUUGGUGAAGACGGCGCAGCUUCCUCCGAGUCAAGGCUGGAGUGCCUUGAUUCCAAAUCCAAUAACCUGAAACCAACAUUCACCAUAUCCAAGAAGUUCCUCAAUAAAUCCGUCGCCAUUACGCUAUCAUCGCUGUUUCUUUCGUCGGCUUUGCCCUUGCAAGAUCUUCUAGCUAAAAAUGAAAAGCUCAUAUACAUUAUACCGCCUAAUUUAAACGAGGACGACGUGGGACUACUGACUCCGAACCACAACCACUUACAACAACAGCCCCAACAACAACAAGAAGUGCUAUUUUCACCCAAUUUCAAGAUUUUAAAAUGCUCCAAUAUGCAAGGAUACUUACAGAUUUUAAAAAACUUGAAACCCGAUUGCCUCUUGCUUUGUAGUGAUGAUUUGGGUAUCAACAAUUUCAACCAAGGAGCCAUGGCACGAGAUUUGAGCAAUUUCAUCAAGAAAAUUGUCAAUAUAGAGCAGGAUAAGGAUGUCUUGGCUCAAAUUAAACCCAUCAUCAGCUAG